ACACAUCAGACGAAUCACCUAUCUGGCCUUUUUGCCUCUCCGCUUCCUCCCCUCCCCACACUCUAGGAAGCGGCGGCGCUGCCGCUGCGGUGAGCCAGCCAUGGCGGCGCACGCGACGCUCCCCUUCUCCUGCUCCUCCACGCUCCAGACCCUAACCCGCUCCUUCUCCUCGCGCGGGGCCCUCCAACUCCGCCGCGGGUUCCGCCGCCUCCCCUCCCUCGCCGCACUCCCGAGGCUCUCCCGCCCCUGCCGCCGCCACGUCUCGGCGUCUGCCGCGGCGUCCCCCAACGGCGCCUCAUCCGAGGGCGAGUACGACUACGACCUCUUCACCAUCGGCGCCGGGAGCGGCGGCGUGCGGGCGUCGCGCUUCGCCUCCACGCUCUACGGCAUGCGCGUCGCCAUCUGCGAGAUGCCCUUCGCCACCGUCGCCACGGAUGAGCUCGGCGGCCUCGGCGGCACAUGUGUGCUUCGUGGAUGUGUUCCAAAGAAACUGUUGGUGUAUGGAUCCAAGUACUCUCAUGAGUUCGAAGAGUCUCAUGGCUUUGGAUGGACAUAUGAGACUGAUCCGAAGCAUGACUGGAACACUCUCAUAGCCAACAAAAAUACAGAGCUGCAGCGCCUAGUUUGUAUUUACAAGAAUAUUUUGAACAAUGCUGGAGUCACUCUAAUUGAAGGACGUGGAAAGAUAGUUGAUCCUCAUACUGUUAGCGUGAAUGGUAAGCUCUACACUGCUAAGAACAUACUAAUUGGUGUUGGUGGCCGACCAUCGAUGCCAGAUAUCCCUGGUAUAGAGUAUGCUAUAGAUUCGGAUGCUGCUCUGGAUUUGCCCUCAAAACCUGAGAAAAUUGCAAUAGUGGGAGGCGGGUAUAUCGCUUUGGAGUUUGCUGGCAUUUUCAAUGGCUUAAAAAGUGAGGUCCAUGUGUUUAUUCGGCAGAAGAAAGUUUUAAGAGGGUUUGAUGAAGAGGUUAGAGAUUUUGUAGCUGAACAGAUGUCAUUAAGGGGCAUCACAUUUCAUACUGAACAGACCCCUCAAGCUGUAACUAAAUCAAAUGAUGGCCUGUUAUCUCUGAAGACCAAUAAAGAGACUUUUGGUGGGUUCUCACAUGUAAUGUUUGCAACAGGUCGCAGGCCAAAUACAAAGAACCUUGGACUAGAAGAGGUGGGGGUCGAAAUGGAUAAGAAUGGUGCAGUAGUGGUUGAUGAGUAUUCUCGUACCUCAGUUGAUUCAAUUUGGGCCGUGGGAGACGUUACCAAUAGGAUCAACCUGACCCCAGUUGCACUGAUGGAGGGAGGGGCAUUUGUGAAAACUGUCUUUGGCAAUGAACCUACCAAACCAGAUGUAGAAUCUAAAGAUGAGGUUGCAACUAAGCAGUGA